AUGUCUGCGAAAUAUAUUCCCGGGCCCAUUCUUUCGCCCCGUCUAGACGGGACGCAAAAACCGAUGCGAUGGACGUGGAGAGACGGCGGAGAGGAAUGGAGAAUGGAGGAUGGGGGAGAGAAAACGGGUGGCGAAUCGAAGACAUCGGGCGCGGAGAGGAGGCACACGGUUUUCCGAGCGCGAUACGCUCCGAAGGAAAACACAACCGUUUUUCCCGAGGAAUCGUGGCCGUUUUACGAAUUUAAGGGCUCGAAUCGGUCGAUUUUGUACGGGUUUUAA